AGCCCCAGCGCUGCAGUGAUGGCGGGGAGCUUCCACGCCAUACGCUACCGCGUCGGCGGUGUGGCCCUGUGGCACGAGCGUCUGGCACUCGGGGUCACAGCGGGGUUCGCCUACGUCGUCACGCCCGACUUCGACGACUACGACGAGCCGAUCGUGGUUGGGCCCGACGUGCGGGCGGUGCUGCCGUUGGCUGGCCAGGGCGACGCGCCUCCCGCGCUGGUCGGCGCCGCCGUGCAUCGCUUUCGGCGCUUGCCGUCCGCCGCGGAGCUGUGGGCCGCCGUGGGAGUCGCGGCGCUCGCCGCUGCGCUAGGACCCGUGCCACCUGGCCCUGCCGCGGCGCCGCCGCUGGCGCACGUGCCUGGAGCUGCUGCUGGCGGUCCUGCCGCGGUCGCUCCGCUCCCCGCGCCCGCUGGCGAUUUCAGGGUGCUGCCGAUGGCGAUCAACAUGCGGGGGGAGCGUGAGCGGAGGUUCGGCGAGACGGUGAACGGCCUCUCCGAGACCGAGGUGCAGGGCUGGCCAGUCCAGGGCCCACGGACGCUUCUCUGGUGCCUGUCCUUCAUGUCCACCAUGGCGGGAACUCCCACCGCGUGGCAUCAGCGCUGGCUCACGCCCAUGGCUUUGGCCGACGACGACGAGCAAGCCAAGCUCCACGAGACCUUGUGUCGGGUCCUGGACCUCGCCGUGGUCUGCGAUCAGCUGCAGGUGGCAGAGAUGGCGUCGUUCGAGAUCGUCGCACGUCAGCUCCAGCUGCUGGAGGAGCGGGUGUACGAGAGUCGUUCGCUGCCCCAGACGGCCGCCGCUCCCAAGGCCAAGUCUGGAGCUAGGAGUGGUGCGACGGCCGCGGCCUCCAGCAUCCCCGAGACGAGCUACUUCCUCGGCGCGGGCGUCUCCAAGGCGAACCUGUGCAUCUCGCCGAAGCUGCUUGAGUACAUUGCAGAUCAGAUGCGGGCGGAGGCCGCCAUCAGCAAAGAACGUCGCAAGGCACGUGAGGAGCGUGCCUUGCGGGCGCCAUGA